UACAUUCACAUCACUCAUACAAACAUAAUAAACAUGGAGGCCUCAAUGAUGGUUGCAAUUUUCUUCACUAUCCUGCUCACAUUCGGUGUGCUUUUCUCAAGCGUGCAACAAGCUGAAACCCGAAGUCCAGAAAUUUUCAGGCCACCUUGCUGCGGAAGUGAUGCUGAAUGCCAACAAAUACGCCCUUGUACUUUCUGUUAUCCAACAUUGCAUGUUUGCCUGUGUUUGAAAAGAGAUUGCAGCGGUUAAUUGAUGAUACUCUAAGCAAAGCUUUUUCAAUAAAAUGAUAAAAAAAUC